AUGUAACUUAUUUAAAGCUUUGUAACAACGAACUAAAAAGUCUCACAGUGGUGUGGUCUGGCAUAACAGGAUCCAGGUUGUGAUCCUCAACAGGCAUAAAGCGGCUCUCUGGGUAAAUGCUAUAUUCUCGUUAACCGCCGGAAUCGCCAUGAUGACAGAAAGCGAAACUUUGUAACACGGACAAGAUGGAGACGAAGAAGACCUACGUCCAUUCUGGACAAAACUCUGAGCUGAGGAUCCUGCUGCUGGGGAAGAUUGGAGUGGGGAAGAGUGCAUCAGGAAACACCAUCCUGGGCAGAGAGGCGUUCAGAUCAGAGUGCUCUCCCUCCAGAGUGACUGAAGAGUGUGAGAAGGGGACAGGAGAGGUGUCAGGGAGGCGUGUUGCUGUGAUCGACACUCCAGGCCUGUUUGACACAGUGCUGUCCAAUGAUGAAGUCAUACGUGAGAUCCUGACCUGUGUCUCUCUGUCCUCCCCGGGACCCCAUGUGUUCCUGGUGGUCCUCCAGCUGGGCAGAUUCACACAGGAGGAAAAGGACACAGUGAAGCUGAUCCAGAAGAACUUUGGAGAGAGAGCAGUAGAUUACACCAUGGUGCUCUUCACACAGGGGGAUCGACAGAGGGGUAGAAGUAUCGAGUAUUGUCUCGAGAGGAUGAAGGAUCUCAAAGAGAUUCUCAGUCACUAUGGGGGUCGUUAUCAUGUGUUUAACAAUAUGAAUCCAGAGGACCGCAGUCAGGUGACAGUGCUGCUGGAGAGGAUAGACAGGAUGGUGGAGAGGAAUGGAGGAGGCUGCUACACCAAUGACAUGUAUCCAAAGGCUGAGAGAGCGAUCAGGGAGGAACAGGAGAGGAUCCUGAGGGAGAGAGAGCCGGAGAUCCGCAGACAGGAGAGGAGAUACAGGGGAGAGGAGCUGGAGAAGAAGAAGAGAGAGCUCAGGAGAGAAGAGGAAAGAAGAGCCCGACGACAAGCUGAGAAAGAGAAAUCAGCCGCCCCCGUUGGCCGUCACCAUGGCGUCGACCUUGUCCAGCAGGCUGGUGACCUGGCCGCGCUCCUCCGGGCUCUUGUUGUUGAGCACGUGGUACCUGCCCCCGCACUGAGCCAGCAGCUGCUGCAGGUCACCGCCGGCCUCCCCAAAGCACUCCUCCAACGGUCGGGCUUGACCACCAGCAGGAAGGCGUGCGGCCCCGGCGACGAGAGGUUGACGCACUUCCCGAUCUCCCGCCGGAUGUCCUCGUCCCUCUGCUUGGUGUCGAAGAGGCCCGGCGUGUCCACCACCGCCACGCUGCGCCCGGCGAUCAACCCCCGCUGCUUCUCGCACCCCGCGGUCACCGAGGCGAAGCCCAGGACAGACCUGAAGGCCGGGCGCCCCAGCAGGGUGUUCCCCGAGGCGCUCUUCCCCACGCCUGUCUUGCCCACCAGGACCAGCCUGAGCUCCGGGGGCCCAGGCAGGGGCUCCUCCACUGCAACACGAAGGAGGACAUGUCGAGAUCAGAGCUCCAGGACCUGUGUCCGCUCGCUUGCUUUGGAGUUGUCGAAAACGUGGUACCGGUUCCCACACCUGCUCACAAGCUGCUGGAGGUUCUCCUCCGCGUCGUCCAGAUACUCUUUGAUCCCGCCUGUCAGGUUGCCUCCGUGGGUGAAGAGGAUCAUGGUGAAUUUCUCCGCUUCCUUGCCGAAUAUCUCCUGGAUCUUUUCCACGGCUCUGACCUCCUCCUCGGUAAACCGGCCCGGCCUCAGGACCAUCACGAUGGCGUGCGGCCCAGGCGCUGACAGGUUAAUGCACUUCCAGAUCUCACGCCUGAUGUCGUCCGCCGGUGUGCUCGUGUCGAACAAGCCCGGCGUGUCCACCAAGGUGACGGCUCGCUCGGCUAGCAGUGCCGUCUUCCUGCUGCACUCCUUUGUCGUGGAGGCCCCGCUGAAGGCCACCCUGAAUUCCUCCCUGCCGAGGAUGGUGUUGGCUGACGAGCUGCGACCCGAGCCAGUUUUCCCCACCAAGACAAUCCUGGUCUCGUCGGGGGUGUCGAUCACGACCAGUCUCCGGCCCCCCAGCUCCGCCUCGGCCCUCUCGCAGGCCCGCGUCACGGCGCGGGCGCCCAGCCGCGUCUCGAAGUGCCUGCGGCCCAGCAGGGUGUUCCCCGAGGCGCUCUUCCCAGAGCCCGUCCGGCCCAGCAGCACCAGGCGCAGCUCAGGGGGGGCAGGGGGUGCCCGGGUCCGGCCCGCAGAGUGCGAGACCGAGACGAGGCUGGAGGUCAUGUCAGUCGCUGUGAAUGGAGAUCAGUCUGCGCCUGGUGCUGCCGGGCCGGACGGGCUCUGGGAAGAGCGCCUCGGGGAACACCCUGCUGGGCCGCAGGCACUUCGAGACGCGGCUGGGCGCCCGCCCCGUGACACGGGCCUGCGAGAGGGCCGAGGCGGAGCUGGGGGGCCGGAGACUGGUCGUGAUCGACACCCCCGACCUGCUGGACACCCGGGGCCACACGCCUUCCUGCUCUUCCUGCUCGUCACGCGCUUCUCCGACCAGGACGGGGGGGCGCUGGACACCCUGCGGAGGCUGUUCGGGGAGGCAGCAGUCCGGCACACCCUGGUGCCGUUCACCCGCGGAGAGGACCUGGAGGGGCAGGGUGUGGAGUCCUUCCUGCACAGUGCCGACCCCGAGCUGCGCCAGCUGGUGAGGGAGUGUGGAGACCGGCACCACCUCUUCAGCAACAGGGACUCCAGCGACCGCUCCCAGGUCACAGAGCUGCUGCAGAAGGUGGACUCCAUGGUUGCUGAGCUCGGGGGGGGCUGCUGUGUGUGCGCUGUGCUGCAGGAGGCGCUGCAGGAGCUCAAGCAGAAGGAGCAGACGCUGCAGAGGGAGUUCGCUGAGUUCUGGAGGCGGAAGACCGAGGAGCUGCAGUCACAGCUGGAGGAGUGUCAUCAGCUGGGGGAAGCCAGCUUCAAGAAGGCUCCCAGGUCUUGUCUGAGGAUCGUGCUCCUGGGGAAGACGGGAUCAGGGAAGAGCUCCGCAGGGAACAUCAUUCUGGGCAGAGUGGAGUUCAGAGCUGCACGGGGUCAUUCCUCCCGGACUGCUCAGUGCCAGAGAGCGGAGAGACAGGUGUGUGGCAGGGCGGUCACUGUGGUGGACACGCCGGGCCUGUUCCACACGGGACUGUCCCAGGAGGAGGUGCUGAGGGAGACUGGGAGUAGUGUCUCACUCUGCGCCCCGGGACCCCACGUCUUCCUCCUGGUGCUGCCCCUGGGCAGGUUCACCAGUGAAGAGAAGGCAAUUCCUGAGCUGUUCCAGGAGCUUCUGGGAAAGAGCUCGGUGAGACACACCAUGAUUCUGUUCACUCGAGGAGACGAACUGGGCAGCCAGACAGUGGCAGAGCUGAUUCAGGACUCUCAAGAGCUGCUUAAACUCACGGACAAGUAUGGGAGCAGGCAUCAUGUUUUCAAUAACAGAAAUCCGAGUGAUCGCACCCAGGUGAGGGAGCUGCUGGAGAAGAUCGACAGCCUGGUGAGAGAGAACGUAGGAGGAUUCUACACCAGCCAGAUGUUCCAGGAGGCAGAAGCUGCCAUCAGACAAGAGCAGGAGAGGAUCCUGAGGGAGAGAAAGGAGGAGAUUCAGAGACAGGAGGAGGAGAUGAGGAACAGGUUCAUGAAGGAAGCAGAGGAGAUGAAGAGGAGGAUGGAAAAGCAAAUUAGAGAACGAGAGGAGCAGAAUAAAAAGCAGGAAAUGAAAAUUGGAGAGCUGGAGGAAGAGAAGAGGAGAGGACAAAACUCUGAGCUGAGGAUCCUGCUGCUGGGGAAGACUGGAGCGGGGAAGAGUGCAGCAGGAAACACCAUCCUGGGCAGAGAGGCGUUCAGAUCAGAGCGCUCUCCCUACACAGUGACUAAACAGUGUGAGAAGAGGACAGGAGAGGUGUCAGGGAGGCGUAGUGUUGCUGUGAUCGACACUCCAGGCCUGUUUGACACAGAGCUGUCCAAUGACGAGGUCACAGAUGAGAUAGCGAAGUCUAUAUCUCUGUCCUCCCCGGGACCCCAUGUGUUCCUGGUGGUCCUCCAGCUGGGCAGAUUCACACAGCAGGAGAAGGACACAGUGAAGCUGAUCCAGAAGACCUUUGGAGAGAGAGUCUGUAAAUACACCAUGGUGCUCUUCACACAUGGAGACACACUGAGUGGAAUAACUAUUGAGAGUUAUAUUGAGGAAAACAAAAACCUCAAUGACUUUGUCAAACAAUGUAACAAUAGACACUAUGUCUUUAACAAUAAGAAUAAGGAAGACCGCUCCCAGGUCACAGCUCUGAUCAACAAGAUAGAGCAGAUGGUGAGAGAGAACGGAGGAAGCAACUUCACCAAUGACAUGUACCAGGAAGCAGAGAGGGCCAUCAGGGAAGAGCAGGAGAGAAUCCUGAGGGAGGAGAAUUGGGAUUGGCAUUCAGAUGAGGAAAGGCUUCUCUUUGAGGAGAACGCCAGAGAUCGAGCAGAGAGAAACAACUCAUUUCUGCGGAGAUUGGGUAUUGUGGCUGGUGCAGGAGUAGGAGCAGCAGGGAUAGGAGCAGCAGUGGGAUUACUGGGGGGGCCAGUAGGAGUAGCAGUAGGAGCAGCAGCAGGACUGGCUGCAGGGGCAGCAGCAGGAGCUGUGAUAGUCAACAGAGAGAAACUGAAAAAAGUAGCAGAGAAGUGCAGAGUGCAGUGAGAAGAGACAGA